GUAAAAUGAAAGCUGUUACAAAUAUGAACAAAACUAAAACUAAGGAGAGGUCACAGUGUCUUUUCAUAUAGCACUAUCUCAGUGUGGCAGUGUCCUCAAGCUCCCCAAAAAUGAGUUCAAAGAAAUCCACUUAUUUCUUGGUCAUUUUCAUGCCUGUGUUGCCUUGCCUUAUCGGUUUAUGUCACAGUAAAUGUGAUUUCGAGGCAAUUUUUAACUUUGGAGAUUCAAAUUCAGACACCGGUGGCUUUUGGGCAGCUUUUCCUGCACAAUCUGGUCCCUUUGGAAUGACUUAUUUCAAGAAACCUGUAGGUCGGGCUUCAGAUGGGAGACUCAUUGUUGAUUUUCUUGCUCAAGCUCUUGGGUUGCCAUUUUUGAGCCCAUAUCUGCAAUCAAUCGGAUCUAAUUAUAACCAUGGAGCUAAUUAUGCUACAUUAGCGUCCACUGUGCUUCUACCUAAAACUUCUCUGUUUGUCACUGGGAUCAGCCCUUUCUCACUUGCUAUACAGCUCAACCAAAUGAAGCAAUUCAAAACCAAGGUUAAUGAAGAGCACCAACAAGUUUCUUUUGAUUGUUCCUCAGGAACCACACUUCCUUCACCGAAUAUAUUUGGAAAAUCUCUCUACACAUUCUACAUUGGACAAAAUGAUUUUACUUCCAACUUAGCAGCCAUUGGCAUAGGUGGAGUGCAACAGUACCUCCCUCAAGUUGUUUCCCAAAUUGCUGCUACCAUUAAGGAGCUAUAUAAUCUUGGAGGACGUACAUUUCUGGUUCUUAAUCUUGCACCGGUGGGAUGCUAUCCUUCAUUCUUGGUGGAGCUUCCUCAUAACAGUUCAGACAUUGAUGAAUUUGGAUGCUUGGUUUCUUACAACAAUGCGGUAGUGGAAUACAACAACAUGUUGAAAGAGACUUUGAGACAAACCAGAGAAAGCCUUUCUGAUGCUUCUGUCAUUUAUGUGGAUACUUACACUGUUCUGUUAGAGCUCUUCCGGCAUCCCACUUCUCAUGGGCUUAAGUAUGGUACCAAAGCAUGUUGCGGAUAUGGAGGGGGUGACUACAACUUCGAUCCUAAAGCUUACUGUGGAAAUACCAAAGAAAUAAAUGGCAGCACAGUGACAGCAACUGCAUGCGAUGACCCCUACAACUAUGUGAGUUGGGAUGGGAUCCAUGCCACAGAAGCUGCAAACAAGCUUACUACCUUUGCCAUUCUUAAUGGAUCCUACUCUGAUCCCCCUUUCCCAUUUCAGGAACAUUGUGAUCUUCAACCUAUAGGUUGAUCCAUUUCUUAAUUAACCAAUGAUGAAGAUCAAACUAGGUCAAUAUGUUACUCAAAUAAUUUUUACAGGAAAUCAAAUUUCUUAUCUAGCAAAAUCUACAACACUUGUAUGAGAAAAAAGUUUGUACAUGUUUAUACGUGUAUUAACUUACAAUCCAGUCGGUGGUCCUAGUAGAGAAAUAAAAUGAAGACAAGAAUGAAGAUAGUUGUCUUAUAUCAUCCUUGAGACCCCAACACGAUGAAUAAGAUUGAUAUUUGUUUUAACAUUUAUUUUAAAAGAGGAUCCAAGUUAAAAGAAAACAAUAUAUUCUUGUGGACGUCGUAAAAAUUUUCAUCUCCUUCAAAGAAUACCUGGACUCCACUGCCCUAACAUUUGGCUGUAUUAUUAGCGGACUUCUUUGUUCAUUCUAUUGAAUAUAUGAUUAUAUUAUCAGGAUAAUAAUUUUGUUUAAGCACGCCCAUCAGAAGCUUUAACCAAGCAUCUCAACGUGAGCAAGACUUUUAAAUUUUCAUGACUCAAAGGUAGUCAAAACAAAAGAAAGUAAAAAAAAAAAAAAAAAAAAAA